UGUGGUGGCAUGACUAUUCUCUCGACUGCAUUUCUAAAGGGACUGCAGCGAACCAGCCAGGACUCUAAAGCUGCUGAGUUCACAAUGAAACUGGUGCCAAACCUCCUUCUUUGCUUGCUGCUACUGGUGAAACUGUAUCAUACUGAAACAGCAGAUGAAGAACCACAGCCACCUAAAGAGCCUUGUGCAAAUUGGAUGGGAGGAGCACCAGGAUACCCAGGCCACAACGGCGUCCCAGGCAGAGAUGGAAAGGAUGGGAAAGACGGGCAAAAGGGAGACAAUGGAGAGCCAGGUGAGCCAGGCCCCAAAGGGGAUACUGGAGAGGUAGGAGCUCCUGGCACUGAAGGCCCAAGAGGAUUUCCAGGAAUCCCAGGGAUGAAAGGGGAGAAGGGAGAAGGUGCUUAUGUUUGAUCGGCUUUCAGUGUUGGGCACAGCAGAGCCCCUGUCCCCAACAUUCCCAUCAGAUUCACAAAAAUCUUCUACAACGAACAACAUCACUACGAUGAAACCACGGGGAAGUUCCGCUGCAGCAUCCCAGGCCUGUACUAUUUCACAUACCACCUCACUGUGUAUUUAACAGAUGUGAAAGUCAGUCUGUACAAGAAGGACAAGGCAGUGCUAUUCACCUAUGAUCAGUUCCAGAAAAACAAUGUCGACCAAGCUUCCGGGUCUGUUUUGCUUCACCUGAGUGCCGGAGAAGAAGUUUGGCUUCAAGUGUAUGGAGAAGAAGAAAAAGAAAACAAUGGUGUCUAUGCUGAUAAUAUCAAUGAUUCUACUUUCACGGGUUUCCUCCUUUAUCCAGACUUGGAUCUUCAUUAAAGUGUGAGUCCAGUACAUGAGGGAAGAAAGGAAGGAUUAGCCAAGGAAUUGAUUUGCGAACACUCUAGGUUUUCCUAAGCACUAUUUCCACACUGUGAUUACUAGCAAACAGUGUUUUGUAGGGCUUUAGACUAGGUAUUAUAAUCACAUGAAUGAAAUCCUGGCCCCAUUGAAAUCAAUGGGAGUUUUUCCAUUGACUUCAGUGGGGCUAUAAUUUCACCCCACAUCACCACUUCUGCCCUCUUUCCAAACUCUGAGCCCAAAUAUCAAUACAGUCACUAAAGAAAUAGACAGAGAUAACAUAGCGUCUAGUCCACUGGGCUCCUGUUCCAUGACAGAGGCUCCUAAGUGCUAUGAUAAUUCAAUAAUAAAUAUAAUCAUAAAUAAUACAGCUCCUUGAAAUAUUUUUGAAAUUCACAGUUUUGACAAAUUUUGAAUGUCAAUGACAAAAUUCACAAUUUAGAG